AUAAUAAUGAACAUCUUAAGCAGAUGGAGCACUGGUCUCUUUGAUUGCUUGAGUGAUAUGGACACUUUCCUGGAUGUAUGCUGCGUGGUGUCGUCUUUCCUCAGCAAGUCCAUCAGAGAGCGCUACGGGAUCGAUGUAAGGCUGGGAGUGGGGGAGGGUCAAGAAAUGGCUGUCUACCAGCAGUCCACCCAGGUAGUGAAUAUCAUGACCCCUAAUCAAAACCCUGGGCAUUGGAGCACUGGCCUCUGUGAUUGCUGUGCUGAUAUGGGCACUUGUUGCUGUGCCCUUUGGUGUUUCCCCUGCAUGCAGUGCGAUACAGCCAACAAGCACGGCUGGUGUUGCUGCCUCCCACUCUGUGAUGUAUGCUGCGUGGUGUCCUGCAUGCUCCGCCAGUCAAUCAGAGACCGCUAUGGCAUCCCUGGCUCAUGCUGUGAUGACUGCUGUAAAAUAAUUUGGUGUUACGAGUGUGUCUGGUGCCAGAUGCAUCGUGAGGCUAAGAUCAGGGCCAACAUGCAAACUGCCACCUCAACGGUGGUCACCACUCAAGUUGUCAGUGGAUAG